AUGGAGAGCCAAAAACCUGUCACCUGUACACUCUUCUAUCUGACCUCCGUCCUCCCCCUCAGAUGUAGCGGGGUGGAGCACUUCCUGUUGGAGCUUCUUCCUGAGCUCCCGGACAUGGAGAUGGUGAUCAAUGUCAGAGACUAUCCUCAGGUUCCGCACUGGAUGACGCCGCCCAUUCCCGUCUUCUCCUUCAGUAAGACUUCAGAUUACCGGGACAUCAUGUACCCCGCCUGGACAUUUUGGGAAGGCGGCCCGGCUGUGUGGCCCAUCUACCCCACAGGACUGGGGCGCUGGGACCUUAUGAGGGAUGACCUGAAGCGGGCGGCGGUGCGGUGGCCCUGGGAGAAGAAGACCUCCAAGGGAUAUUUCAGAGGCUCCAGGACCAGCCCCGAGCGGGACCCUCUGAUCCUUCUGUCCCGGGAGAAUCCUGAUCUGGUGGAUGCCGAAUACACCAAGAACCAGGCCUGGAGGUCGGAGAAGGACACGCUGGGCAGACCGCCAGCCACCGAGGUGCCAUUAGUGGACCACUGUGCGUUUAAGUAUGGCCGCCCUUCUGUCUCCUCCACGUACCUCCUCCACCUCUUUCCGUCUUCCACCUUCCUCAUGGUAACCGCUCAUUGUCCUCUCACUAUUCAAACCUGGCUCCUCCUCCUUAACUGA